AUGCACUCAACGGGUGUUAAGGGCGAGCAUCUUGCACCCAGUUUUGUGCAAGAUUUCCAUCCAUUCGGACGGAUUCCAGUUUUUGACGAUGACGGGACUCGAUUUUUCGAGUCUCGGGCAAUUUGCGAGUACUUGGUUGCAAAGUACGGGCCAAAGAGCGCUUUAAAUAGACGGACGGAUCAAAGCUACCCCGAGCUGGCAACUUACGAGCAAGCGGCUAGCGUUGAGUACUCUUACUUCGACCCGACAAUGAAAACUUUGGCAUAUGAGAAAUUAUUCAAAGGGUUUAUGGGACGAGGCGAUCCCGACAAGGCCACAGUCGAGAGACUGGAAAUCGACUUGGUCAAGGUCUUGGAUCACUACGAAAAAGUCCUUUCUCGUCGUGAGUACCUUGCCGGAAAUCAAUUUUCGUUGGUUGAUAUAUACCAUAUGCCUUGGUUUGAGUUUCUGCCGCGCCUAGCGUUACAGGAUGAGAUUACGAAAAGACCGGCAUUGAGUGCCUGGUGGGAACGCGUCAGCAACCGGUCAACGUGGAAAGGUUUGACGGCGUCACAUUAA